UCUCUCUCUCUCUCUCUACUUUUGAUUGAAAAAGCAGAGACAGUUUAGUAAAUUAUUUUCAAUAGGGAGAAACAGAAUGCUCUGUUUUUGUUGAAGGUGAAAUUUCAACCUUUUCCCUUAUGAUCUUUGGGUAUGGAGAAGAAGGAGAAUACAAGUUCCCCAGUUGGAGUUCUGGAGGAUUACUUCAGGAGUGAAGACACGGAAUCAUGUUCUUCAAAAGAACCCACCCCAGACUCCGAUUCUAAAUCAACUUCCAAAUCCAAUUCUCGCUGGCAUGGAUUUGCUGAGUUGUUCAGAAGUAAAUCAAAAACACCAAUGACUUCAUUGUAUCCUCUCAGUGUCCUCAAGCUCUCAAUAAGAAAGAGCAGUAGUAUGAAAGAGGGUAUUGAUAUGUCACGAAAUCUUCUUAUAAAUACUGAUCCAUACAAUUCAAAGUCUGCGCAGAAGAUUUUCUCUCUGUACGACCUCCAAGCUGCCACCAAUAAUUUCAGUUUUGAAAAUCUGAUUGGAAAAGGGGGUUAUGCCGAAGUUUACAAGGGGCGUUUGCGAGAUGGAGAAUUUGUGGCAAUCAAACGGCUAACACGAGGUACAGCUGAUGAGAUGAUUGCAGACUUUCUAUCAGAGCUUGGGAUUAUGGCUCAUGUCAAUCAUCCUAAUACUGCUAAGUUAAUUGGAUACGGAGUUGAAGGUGGCAUGCACAUUGUUCUUGAAUUGUCUCCAAAUGGAAGCUUAGCUUCUCUACUUUAUGGUGCGAAGGAGAAACUGAAAUGGAGUAUUAGGUAUAAGAUUGCUUUAGGGAUAGCCGAGGGUUUACUAUAUCUUCAUGAGGGUUGUCAGAGGAGAAUCAUUCACAGAGAUAUCAAGGCUGCCAAUAUUUUGCUGACUGAAGAUUUUAUACCUCAGAUUUGUGAUUUUGGGCUUGCGAAAUGGCUACCAGAGCAGUGGACUCACCACACAGUAUCCAAAGUUGAAGGCACAUUUGGCUAUCUUGCCCCUGAGUUUUUGAUGCAUGGGAUAGUAGAUGAAAAAACUGAUGUGUUUGCCUUUGGGGUAUUGCUAUUGGAACUAGUCACUGGACGCCGAGCUCUGGAUUACUCUCAACAAAGCGUUGUCUUGUGGGCAAAACCUUUGCUUAGGAAGAAUGAAGUUAAAGAGCUAGUUGAUCCUUCUAUGGGUGAUGAGUACGAUUUCAGGCAGAUGAAUCUUGUGUUGUUGGCGGCUUAUAUAUGCAUACAACAGUCUUCAAUUCGGCGGCCUCAAAUGAGUCAGGUUGUGCAACUUCUGAAUGGAAAUCUUUGCUGCUUGAAAUUCAUGAAAAAAUGCCGAUCUCCAUUGGUAAGAAGAACUGUCCACCAAGAGCUAUCAAAUGUAGAAGAUUACAACUCAACUAAAAUGAAUAGCUUUAUUCAGAAUCGAAAUUGACGUUUUGCGGAUUAAUAGUAGUGACAUGUCUUACUCCAAAUGCAUCUUAAUACAUAAAUACUUGAUGCCAGAGGACAACUAUGAGUAGCGUACAAAAAUAUAGAAGAAAAAAAAGGUGAAGUUUUACCUUAAUCUGAAGUGAAUGGACAGAGAGCAGCAAGAGCAGAUGAAUAUCGUGAGAAGGGAAGAAAGAAAAUGAGUUUUUUUGCCCUAAUCUGAAGUAUUUGUAUGUGGCAGGUAAAUUACAAUAACCCCCCCACUCUUUAAUAACAUUUUAUUUCAGUCCUGGUUCUCGGUUUUGGUUCUUGACUGUAGGAACUGGAAUCUACCCGUUGACGAUCGGUUCUGGGUAGGAACCAGAACCAAACGCCGGGUACCCAACGGUUCUGGUUCUAAACGGUUCUUUUGAACACCCCUACCACCACCACCAUCAAUACCAACAACAACACUACUGACAAACGAAACACAACACUAGGUUAAGCAAACGACUGCGCUAAUGGGUGGCAGUUCGUCGAUGAGGCAGGAACGCACAUAUCAUGGGUUGACUAGGGACCAAGGAAGUGCGACAGAGGUGGGUGUAAAGCAAGGUGUUGGUGUUGGGUUGGUUAGUUACUGGUUGGGACAAUUGGUGGGCGCAAUUUGGGGGCAAGGAAUUUGGUGGCCGUCGAUAGGGAAAGUGGUCGAAAAAAU